AUGUUCCUGGUGACGGUACUGUGCUUGGUCGGGGUGGUGCUGGGUGCACCCCAGGGGACGCCCGGUCGUCUCGUCGAUUCCGCCGAAAAGGAUGAUCCCUUCUUUGAUCCGAAUCCCAAAUACGGCUACGAAUACGCCGUGAACGACGCCCUGGAGCAAGUCUUCAUCCGCGCCGCCGAGCAACGCGACAUCGAACAGGUCCAGGGCACCUACAGCUACGUGACCCCCGAGGGCACCCUCAUCACCGUCACCUAUUCCUCCAAUCCGGGCACCGGCUUCGUCGCGGAGGUGCAGCGGCAGGACGGCGUCGUCGACAUCAAGCCGAGGCGACAAGAAUCCCCGAACGUCAACGACAUCAGACCCGUUCCGAUCCUUCAGAGCAUCCAGCCGGCAAGGCUCCGACCGGUCGCGGUCGUGAGACGGGUGGAGCAGCCACUCGCCGUCCAAGACGGCCAGCAACAGGCCACCCGCCAGGACCAGCAGUUCCAGGUCUUCCGCCAAGUGCAGCCCCUGCCACAGCCCCUGCCCCUGCCACAGCCCCUGCCACAGCCCCAGCAGGCCCCCACGGUUGCCAGAGCUAGGUCCGCGAGCUCUCGGGGUCAGCCGCUGGACAUCUUCGGCAGCGGGUCCUUCAUCCGAACCGACAACUAUCAAGUUCAGCUCUGA